UUCCGUUUUUCGUUUUCGCAAAAGCAGCUGAAGAGGGAGUGCGAGAGAGAGCAAUUAGAAAGAGGAACAGGAGAUCAAAGAAUGAGCGCAUUUGCCCCGCUCUCACUCUAAUUUUUUCACCCGGUCGAAGCGUGCCCUCGCUAGUCAACUCCGCGUUCGCAAUCCGUGAAAAUGCGGAAAAUAGUAAGAAAUCCAUCGGGAAAAUUGUCGCGCAGUUGUGUGAAGUGAAGUUUAGUGUAGUGAUACAGUGAAUUUAUACAAAAGUAUGUUUUAGUGCAAGAAAUUGUGUUGUCUAAAAGACAAAAGGCGGGGGCGCAAAAGAGGCAAAAAGGCGGCAAAAAUGCAUCUCGACGAAGGAAUAGUGCGGCAAUUUGUGAUAUAUCUAUAUAUACUUGGUAUUAUUUGUGCAUAAAUUUAAAAUGUGUUACUAUUUCGUUGUUUUCGCAAAAGUACCCGAAUUGAGCAUGGGAGAGAGAACAAAUAGAAAGAGGAGCAGAUCAAAGAAUGAACGCAAGUCAGCUCCGCAUUUCAAUCCGGAAAAUGGUGAAAAAUCCAACUGGAAAAAUGUCCCGCAAGUGUGUAGUGAAGUUUGGUGUACAAAAAAAGUGUUUUACUACAAGAAAAUGUGAGUUAAAAAGGCAAAAUGAAGACAAAAAUGCAGUUCGGCAAAGGAAAAGUGCUGCAAUGUGUGAUAUAUUUCUAUGUGUUUUAUAUAUUUGAUAUUUGGCACAAAUGCAUUUUUUUCAUGUGUAAAUAUGUUUAAUUGUUUCAUUGUCUCGUUUUUUUUUCGUUUCAUCGCGUGAGUUCCAGCAAUGUGUGUGUGUGUGCGUGUGCGUGCUUGAAAAUUCGUCAAAUUUUGUCCCUUUCCCACUCCAUGGCGUAGAAGUGCAGUGAAGAAGAGAAUCAAAAAGGAAUGAGUGCUCUCGUUCCAAGUGAAGUUUAUAGUAGGGUGAGGCACUCCCAAUGAUCUGCUGAUCUGGCUCUCUCCUGCUUAGUGCCUCACCUCUUGUGCCUCACCUCAUAUGAAUAAAUGAAUUCCUAAAAUUGGAAAUAAUUUUGUGCGUUUCGUUUGCGGUUUUGGUGCGGUUUCUCUGUAACUUCGUAACUUUGUGACUCUCUUCAUCAGAAUAGUAAGAAUCGGAGCAAGAUUCUGGAUUUCGCGUCACGACUUGCCGCAUUAACCGGCCAACCGGCCACCCCACAGCAGGACCUUUUUCGCCCCCUCUACCCAAGGGAGAGCUAAACAAUUUUUAGAUAAGGCCAAGGUCCGAACAGAGACUCCAAAGGGGACGAAGGAUCAGCAGAAGAGGACGAGAAGAGGUACAAUGCGUCCGACGCGCAUUCCCCUGCUGCUUUGGCUCUCGGCCUGGACCUGCCUGGGCCCGGCCACAUCCGCCCAUCCGAACACGCAGAAGCACCACCAGCCACUGGUCACCUACUCGAGCAGCUCGACCACAUCCUCCAGCCAAAGGAGCGGCGCCCCGCUGCAGCCCGCCUUUGUGUACGACACGGCCAUGCCCCAGCAGCAGGAGGAGGAGGAGGGGCAAGUGGCGACAUCCAGUGGCCGGCCAGAGACAGCGGCCGUGCCAUCAAAGAAAAUCAUCGGUUCCAGCGUGUCCUCCUCCGUUUCGGUGGUGCUGGACGGCAACGAGCCGCUGUUCACCGACGCCCUCGGCCACAAGGUGCCCAAGCCACAGCCCUCGCUGCAGGUGGCCAGCCCCAUAGACCUGCUCAAUCCGGACCGCUACGAGUUCUACACGUUCGACGAGCACGGCGAGCUGGUGAAGCGCCUUAUGACCAUGCAGGAGAUCCAGAGCAUCGUGGCCAACGGCGACGGGGAGGGACCGUCCAUCAUACACACGGCCCCGCCGCUGAGCGAGCCCGGUCCGGAGAAGAACGUCCAGGACAUUGUGGACAGCGUGCAGAGUGUGCUGAACAAGGAGGUGGCCUCCGGCGCCGGCAAGAACAGCUCCGGCGAGCUGCUGCUGCCCCUGCUGGACACCCCCGACGUGUCCUCCUCGUGGUCGCUCAUCCUGCCGGCCAUUUUCGGGAACACCGGCGGCGAUCUCUUCCUGCAGCAGAGGCCGCAGCAGAUUGUGAUGACGCCCGAGUCGGAGCUGCUGGAGGCCUCCACCCAGGCGCCGUCCACCACGCGUGCCACCAAGAAGCCGAAGCCCGCCAAGCGGAAGGGGGGGGGCAACAAGCGCAAGCCCAGCCCCACCACAAGCACCACCGAGGUGACGCCACAGGUGGUGCAGGAGGAGCUGGACCCCAUGGAGUCGGUGUACACGGGCAUGCAGCAGUACCAGCACGCGGCCGCCAACAUGCCGGACUUUGAUCUGCUGCACAUGCAGCCCAUCUACGAGAAGCUGCCCAGCAGCACGGCCAGGCCGGAGACGACCACCCGGCGGGUGUUCUACAACAACCAGGAGAUCAUCCACACGCCCACCUCCUCGAGCAGCGUCCCCCCAACCACCGAGAAGAUCGCGGUCAAGAAACCAGCGAACGUCCAGAGGAAGCCAUCGCAGCCGCAUCGCGUGAAGAAGCCCCCAGCAGAGGCUGGCAGCAGCACCACCACCCAGCCAGGCGGCAGCAAGCAAAAGGUGAAGAAGAAGACAACGACGACAACAACGACAACGACGACAACGACGACAACAGCGGCACCUGAAACCACAACCCAGGCGGCGGUUUCGGAGCCAGAAGUGAGCGCAGCCACCACCACCGUCCGUGCGCCGGCCUCGACCACGCCCAAGAAGAAGAAGCGCAAGCCCACACGUGCUCCGGGCACGGGAACCACCGGGAGCACCACAGGGAGCACCACAGGGAGCCCCACCGGGAGCAAGCCAUCGAAACCCAAGCGCAAGCCCACGACAAAGCCAAAGCCAGGGUCCAUACAGGCGGGAGAGACAACUGCACCACAACCGGUGGUAACCCAGAAGCCGACAAGGCCCCAGCGGCCCAAAAAGAAGCCCAAACCGACGACCACGACGACAACGACGACCACCACGACGACGACAACCACUCCAGUGCCGGAAACAACAACAACGACAGCCGCCGAGGCAGAAGUCACGCCUUCAGAGCCAGCACCGACACAGCCCCCAGCAGAGAGCACCACCAGCAGCAGCAGCACCACCACCACUACCACCCCAGAGCCAGAGCCAGAGCCAGAGCCAGAGACGUCCACAACAACGACAACCAGGGCGCCCCUGGUGCACAGCCAGAAGCCGCAUGGAAAGCCCGUGAGCUCCACCAAGAGGCCACCGAACCUGCACCACAAUCGCAUCCACAGCAAGCCCGUGCACACCACUCCGGCCCCAUCGACAGAGGCGGUUCAGACCUCCACCACCCGCCAGCCGCCCGUGUAUCCCGUGCCCAGCUACGAGCCAGUUGCAGUCCACAAUCUGUCCGCUCUGUUCGAUGCUUCGCCCCUGAAGAAGACGCCGCUGCCGCUGCCGCUGCCGUCGUUGGCGCAGCUGCAGCAGCAACUGCAGCAGAGCUCGCCCUCGCCGGCGCCACAAUUGUCGCCCGAUCAGAUACUCUCGAUGGAUCAGAUUGUGCAGUCGCUGACGCAGGACCUCUCGGCCGCCGACAAGUCGGAGGGGGAUCUGGACGGAGCGGGCAGCGUGCCGGCUCUGGUGCCAGUGAAAUACGACAGUGCCGAGUCCCAAGAACAGAUGCAGACGCUGGCCAACAAGAAGAAGGUGCCAGUGACCAGCAGCACAACGACAACAACAAGCACGACCACAACCACGACUCCUAGAACCACUACCACUGUGGGCACCACCACAAGAGUACCACCGCCCAUCGCCCACUAUGGAGGCAGCACUCUGGCCACCAUGCUCUCGGAGGAGGAGGAGGACUCUACAGAGCUCACAACGGGAGGCGGGGAGACCACCGCCGGCAGCCUGGAGGAGGCUCCUGUGGUGCUGAUCACAGCCCGGCCGCAGUACUUCACCGUGACCCCGCAGCCAGUGCCCCUGAAGCCGGAAAAGGCCAGCGAGGAGGAGCCGGAGACCACAGAGCUGCCGGGGGAGACGCAGUUCCUGGUGACCACGCCCAUGGCUGGCCUGGACGAGAUCGAAGCCACCACCGACAAGCCAGCGACCGAGUCCGAGUCCGAGUCCGAUCACGUGGUGAAGUUUGAGCCGCUGUUUGCGGACGUGCCGGAGGCGAUUGUCACCGAGCUAAGCGAGCCGAGCUCCACGAACGGAUAUAGCCAGCAGGCGGAGGAGGAGCAGGAGGGGACCACCACAGAGCAGGCGCUGCGUCUGCCCGUGUCGGAGAGCAGCACUGCCGCCGAGAGCGAUGCGGACAGCACCGAGGUGACGCCCAUGAUAGCCGACCUGGUGCAGCAGCUCAAUCUGGAGAUGCUGAGGCCCACGGACCAAAUAUCGAUGGCCAACUUCCAGACGCAGGCCGCCACGGUGGCCUCCACCCUGGUGGACGGCAGCCACACGCUCGUCUCGGACGGAUUCAUGAGCUCCAAUGAGACCAAGGACGAGCUGGACUUCCUCAUGUCCGAUGUCAUACAGCAGAUAACCCAAGGGGCUCCGGCCAAGCUCCAGCCCGAGGAGGACUCCCAUCGUCUGACCAACUAUGCCCAGCUGAACGCAUCGUUCCUGCUGAAGCCAAAGCCCGAGGCAGAGGCAGAGGCAGAGGCACCACAGAUCUCCGGCCUGCUAAACAAAGUGGAGCCGGAGGCGUCAACCGUCAAACAGGAAGGCACUUACCCGAACGACGCCUUUCCAGCAGGCACCGUCCACGUGGAGACGAGCACGCACCGGAUACCCAUCCUGUCGCUGUCCCAAAUUUAUGCACAGCAGCAGCAGGACGAGGACGAUGAGCAGCAGCUGUUUGCCAACGAGCGACUGGAGCUGCAGAGCAGCCCGCAAGCGAAGCCAACUCGAGAGCCGCCCAAGCAGGAAACCAUUGCCACAGCCAUACCAGAGACCACAGAGGGUGCCUCCGAAGCCACCACCGAGGAGUCGAGCCGGGAGACCACCGCCAGCGAGGAGUCAACGACCAACACGGCCGAGAGCCACACGGAGCGCAGCGAAAGUGAAGAGCAAAUGCCCGAGAUGUUGACAAAUGGUUACAACGAGGAAAAUCAGAUGGAGACCAGCUCCAUCGCCAGCUCUGGUCCGACCGAGGCAGGAACUGAAUCCAUCUUUGCCACAGAAACAACUGCCACAGAAGAGCCACCAACGGAUGCCACAACCAGCAGCCCUGUCACGGAAGCAGAGGAGCAGACAACGGCGACGAAUGUUUACCUGGAGGCAGAGGAGGCAGAGGGGGCGGAGGAGACGGAGGAGCAAACAUCAACAGAGGAAGCACAAACAGCGGAUCUGCCAGCCAGUGCAGAGGACAGUGCCACCAAUGCGGCCCAACUGCUGCCCCAAUACACCGUACAGCCCGAGGAGGACCAGUCAGAGCGAGGGGAGGAGGCGGUGGCGGUCACGGAAAUACCCGGAGAUACGUCCGUGGUAUCAUCUGAAUCGGACAUGUCGCUCAGCUCCGAGCAGGUCACGGAAAAAAUCGAAUUGAGCACGGUUAAAUCCCAGCAGCUGGACGACGAGUCAAUGGAGGAAAUAUCCGAUGAGCUGACAGCCACCAUUUCAGAGGAGGAGGAGGAGCAGGAGCCAGCGACAGAGGCGGUGACAAGUGCACAGAAAUUGCAGCUGGACGACGAGGAUCCAUAUGUGAAGCUGGGCGAGACGACGGCCAGUGUGGUGAGGCCUUUGCCGCAGCAGGACAAGAGCUCCAUCGAAGGAGCCGCAGCAGCAGAGCCGGAGGAAGACACCUACAGGGUGACGCUGCCGUUGGCCAGCUACGGCCAAUCGCCGCCUGCCGAGCAGCCAGACGAGGAGGAUGAGGAGGACCAAGCAGGCUACCAGACCUCCACCAAGGCACCCACAACCACCAGCACCACGAGGCGUCUGAACACCUUGAAGCCCGUUUCCUACUACGUCCAGCCCUCGCUGCUGGCGGGCUACAACCAGCUGGACGCCCAGCCGCCCAAGGGUCUGCCCUACAAUGCCCACCCAGGGGAGGGAGGGCCAACCCAGUCCCUGUCCCAGUCUCAGUCCCAGUCGCAGCAGCGACCGAUGCAGAGACCCGCUUCCCUGACCAACCUGAUGGCGAGCUCGAGCCAGGCGACCAGGCCGCCCGUCAAGCUGGAGCCGAGCCCGGAAUCCUCGCAGGGCCUGGAGGCGUCCACGGCGCACAUGGACGAGGACCUGCGCUCGUUCGCGAGGCUCUGCAACGAGCUGGCCUUCAGCUACUGGAAGGCCAUCACCUCGGAGAAGAUUAGCUCGGCCAGGAGCCUGGUCAUCUCCCCCUUCGCCCUCACCUCCAUGCUGUCGAUGGUGUUCCUGGGGGCGCGCGGCAGCACCUCUGGGGAAAUGAACGAGAUCCUCAAGCUGGACGACAUGGUGACCUUCAAUCCGCAUCUGGUGUUCAAGAACAUCACCGGCUCGGUGGAGCAGGCGACGGACAGCGACAUAGCCACGGCGGCCUUUGUGCGGGAGAUCUUCAGCGAUCGCGCCAACGGCAAGAUCCUGCCCUUCUUCAAGGAGAAGACCCAGCAGCUGUACGCCGGCCACGUGGAGGAGGUCAACUUCCACGUCGUCAACGACAUCGUGCGGCGGCGCACCAACCUGCUCGUGAAGCGCCACACGAUGGGCAAGGUGCUGGAGUAUCUGCGCACGAACAGCGUGUGGGUCAACGGCCCGCUGGCCACCAUUUCGGCGAAUCUCUUCCAGACGGACUGCUCCCACGGAUCGACGACCGAGCGGGACGGCGAGAUGUUCUUCCAGGUGCAUCCCACAGUGCGGCAGCGCCGCCUGGUGCCCAUCCCGGCGGUGCUCUAUCGGUCCGGCUUCACCGCCGGCUACGAGCCCAGGCUGGACGCCACCAUAGUGGCGUUCGGACGCAUCCAGGACACGGUGAGCACCAUCUACGUGAUGCCCGGCCAUCAGAGCUCCAUAUCGCCGAUGGACAACCUGGACAGGCUGGAGCGCAGCCUGGUGGACAUGGCCUUCGGGGAGGGCCAGGCCUGGAGCAGGCUGCUCACCUCGCUGAUGGAUCGCCCCGGCAUGGAGGUGCAGCUGCCGCGCUUCUCGCACCGCUCCUUUGUGAACGCCUCGCUGGGCCUGCAGAAGAUGGGCCUGAAGGGUCUGUUCAAGUCGGACUUUGCCGACCUGCGCGGCCUGACCGGGGCCGGCAACAAGGACAUCUUCCUGUCCGACAUGAUCCAGAUCAACACGUUCAGCACCUGCGGCGAGGAGAAGAUCUCCGAGCACCACCACGUCGAGAUGUACCCGGCUCCGCCGCUGCGCAAGCGCAACAAGGAUGUGGGCGCCACCGAGGACGGUGCCGACGACUCCUCGGAGGCGGUCGUCGACUUUGGCUCGCUCGUGCAGGAGUCGGCACUGGGACGCGGCUUCUACGACGAUCUGCUGGACCCCAAGUACCUGGAGCUGCCGCUGCCGCUGCGUCCGCGCCAGGCCCGUGUCCCGGACGCGCCCCGGCUCCGCUUCGACAAGCCCUUCCUCUACUUUGUCCGCCACAACCCGACGGGCAUGAUCCUCUUCAUGGGACGCUUCAAUCCGCGCCUGCUGCCAUGAGUGCACGCGCCCUAAAGUAGGCCAAAAUAGCGACUAUCGAACUAUCGAACUAUCGAACUAUCGAAACAGUUUCGGGAAUGCGAGUUAGUGAAUUUAUAUAUUUUACUCGCCUACCGAGCGCCUACUGGAAUGCCAACAAUUAGGCUAACUUAAUCAUUAAUGCCCCCCCCC